AUGGCCAACAUGGGAAUUCAGAUUAUUGGAUUUUGUCUUGGCCUCCUCAGUCUGUUUGGAACUUUGAUUGCCACCAUUUUACCUCACUGGUGUAGAACGGCACAUGUGGGUACCGAUAUUAUCACUGCCAUGGAGUUCAUGAAAGGACUUUGGAUGGAAUGUGUCUGGCAAAGUACCGGCAUCUACCAGUGCCAAGUCCAUCGCUCGCAGCUGGCAUUGCCCCCAGACCUCCAGGUCGCUCGUGUCUUGAUGGUAUUUUCCUGCUUGUUUUCCACACUGGCCACUUGCGUUUCUGUAGUGGGUAUGAAAUGCACUGUGUGCUUCAGGGAAACCUCAUCCAAGGAUCAUAUUGCCAUGUCAGGAGGGGCAUUUUACAUCCUUGCUAGCAUCAUGUGCCUCAUUCCGGUGUCUCGGUCAACAAGUAACCUAAUCCGUGAUUUCUACAACCCAGUGUUACCAGCAGGAACCAGAUAUGAAAUGGGGGAAGCUCUCUAUAUUGGCUUUGUGUCAGCUGGUAUGGCUGUCAUUGGAGGAGCUCUCCUGUGUCUUCCUUGCCCUCAGCAAGGGAAUGAAAGACCCUACCAACCACAAGCUUUAUCAAUACAAACUGCACCUCAGAACAGACUGCCUUCUGCCUCUCAUAGUGAUUACCGUUUACAUGACUAUGUGUGA